AUGGUAGAGCUCUCCUACAGUCCAUGCCUUGAUCUAGGCCGUUUGUGUGCCAAAGUGAAAGCAGAGAUUGCCAAGUAUGGCAUCGAGCUCUUCGCAUCCAUGUCAUGGGAAACUGCUGACUGGUGGGAGGAUGCCAAAAUGGAGUCAGAGUUGUUCAUCUCCCGCAUCACCAAGACUAUCAGCAAAGGGAACAAGCUUUCCAAGCGAAAGAAGCGUGGCUGGUUCACCAAAGAGCAAAUGGCAAAGACGAGCUACAUCAAGAAUGUCACUGAGUACUGCGAGCGAUCCGGAAAUGAAAGGAAAGACCGGUACAAUAAGAAGCUCAAAAAGUACUAUGUGGUGUACGAGGAGAAUGACACUGAGUUAAGUGAAGAUGAAGAGAGACAUGAGAGAAAAGAUGCUGAGGAUGAUGGGGAUUCUGACAAGGAGUCCAAAGCUGUUCAAGUGCACACGGCUGCCAAGGAACAUGGGAAGUUCAAGACCUUCACCGACAGCCUUUUGUCCCGGGCAUCCAAGAUUUCAGAUCUGAUCAACCAACUGGAAUCUGUCUUUUCUGAGACGGGGAAACCGGAUGAUGACCCAGAUGCGCAAGUUGCGUGCCUUGAAGAUUCUAUCGCCGUCCUGGAGAAGCAUUUCGAGUUGUGUGAGACUGUGAAGGUUGAGACAUCAGAGCUUGGAAGGGAGGGCCUUGAUGAUGACACCAAGAGCCAGCGGCUGAAAAAGAUCGAUGCCCAAAUCCGAUCCACGACCAUGAAGUGCUGCAAGGUGACCGCAGCUGAAGUUGGUGGCAGGAAUCUGGUGAGGCAGCUUCGAAAAGCCGUGCCCGAAUGA